GUGUAUGAGGGCUUGAAAAGAGCUCUCAGUCCCGAUGUGAAUUUACAGAAGGCUGCGGAAACGGCACUGAAGUCCUUUGAGGCCCGACAGGGAUUCUGCUCGUGUCUCGCGGAGAUCAUUGGAUCCAGAAAUUUGGACCAUAGCGCACGAUGGUUGGCCACAAUCUACUUCAAGAACAGCAUAAAUCGUCAUUGGCGUCUACGACCUGGACAAGGGGGCAUCACGGAUCAGGAAAAAACUCAUCUAAGAACAAAACUCCUCUCCCUGCUUGAUCAGGAGGACAUGGCCUUGGUCUUUGCCAAGGUUGCCCGCAAUGACUAUCCCAGGCAGUGGCAUUCUGUCUUCGCGGAUCUCAUUGCGCUCAUGCAAAAUGGCAGCACAAUGACCGUGCGGAGAGUCUAUCUUGUCCUACAUCAUAUCCUGAAAGAGCUCUCCUCCAAGCGUCUAGCCUCCGACCAGAAGAACUUUGCGGAUGUGGCACCAGCCUUCCUGAAGUGCUUGCAAGAGUUGCUACCCUUGCGGCAUGGGAGCACAAGUAGGCGCAGCCAGCUGCACGCAAUGCUGGACCGAGCAAUCUUGAAGCUCACAAAGAUUUUCACAAAUGUGCUAGAGACGCAUCCCUGGUCGCUGCUGCACUGCGAUGUAUUUUCGCCGCUGCUGGACUUCAUGUGCAGCCAGAUUGUGGGUGCUCCUGCAGCUCCCCUGCAGAAUGAGGGCUUCUACACACAGUGCAUGCUAUUUGUGCACGGUGUGCUGAAAAGUCCGGCAUAUGGAGGCAGCAUUUCCACUUAUGUUGAAGUGAAUAGUGUGUCAAUCUUUCUGCAGGCCGCAACCCUCAAACAGAUGUCAGCAGAGGCUAAGGCGCGUCUUAAGGCAUUCUGGGCAGGCGGCCGAUUGCAGUUGCUCUGCAUCGCCGUCGUGGAGAAGUUCCUGCCUCUGAAUGCCAAGGAGCUCCAGGAAUGGGCAGAGAGCCCGGCAGCAUUUCAUCAUGAAGCAGACAUGGGAUCGUGGCAGGAUCACCUUCGAGGCUGUGCUGAAGUACUUCUGGCAAGCCUGCUAGAGGCGGACAGAGAGACACUGGCGCCAGUGAUGAUGGAGCUGCUGACGAGCACAUCGGAGGCCUGCCCAGCGGGGAGUGCUUCCAUGCAGCAGGGGCAGCGCAUUGGUGGAGUCCCAGCGGCUGGGCUGGCAAAGGAGGCGGCCUACAAUGCAGUGGGAGUGGGCGCCUAUGAGCUGCAUGACUACAUCGACUUCAUGUCGUGGUUCAACACAGCCCUCCUUCAGGAGCUGGCAGACACCUCGCCAGAGGCCAAGCCGCUGCGCAGGAGGGCGGCUCUGCUGCUGGGGCAGUGGGUGGUCAAGCUCAGCGCUGAGGGCCGCCCUGCCGCCUACCGAGCCCUCCUCUCCCUCAUGGCAGACCAUGACACCGCCCUCCAGCUGGCCGCGGUGUCCAGCUUAAGGGCGUUGAUUGAAGAUUGGGAGUUUCAGGAGGCCCCCUUUUUGGAGUAUGUUGCACCAGCUCUGCAGCUCUUAGCUGGGCUCCUGCAGGACUCCAAUGAGCUAGACACACAGCUGCAGGUCUUCCAUGUUUUCAACAUGAUCAUUGAGCGACUUGCGGAUGGCAUCCGCCCCUAUGCAGAUGGUAUCAUGCAGCUGUUGCCCUCCAUCUGGCAGGAGGCUGAGGGCCAGAGCCUGCUUAGAAUACAGGUGCUCAUGAGUGUGCAGAGAUUGGUGAAUGCCCUGGGCACGGACUGCCCCUCCUGCUAUCCGUUCUUAAUUCCAGUCUUGCGGAUAUGCACCGACUCAAAUCAGCCUGAUGAGCUGAAUCUGCUGGAGGACGGUCUGCAGCUGUGGCUGAUAACCCUGCGCAAUGCACCUGCACCUCAGCCAGAGCUCCUGGAUCUGUUCCCUAACUUGGCCAUCGUCAUGGAGAGAUCAACAGAGCACAUCCAGACAGCCACCAAGAUCAUCACGUCCUGUGUCCUGCUGGGCGGGCCGGACUUCAUGAGCAGACAUGCAGCCACGAUUGUGGGGAUCCUGUGCAUCUUGCUGGGGAAUGUGAAGGAGCGGGGCAUGCUGCUGCUGUUGCCUGUCAUGGGCCUGUUGCUUUGCUCCUACCCGGAGCACAUGCCUGGGUUCAUGGAGCCUGCCCUGCAGCGGCUGCUGCACCUCUUGCUGUCAGACCAGGAGCCCAGCCAAGUGAUCGCAGGUGGUUUGGGCGUCUUUGCUCGGCUGUUGCUGCAGAGCUCGCCAGCCUUCCUGCAGCUGCUGGCUCGGGCCGAGCCAGGACUGGCACAGCUGUCAGCGCCGGCUAGGGACCAGCCUGGCGAGCGAGCGCUGCUGGCGCUUGUGGAUGUCUGGCUGGACAAGUUUGACAACAUCGGCGUGCCCCAUGCUCGCAAGCUGAGCGCGCUGGCCAUGUGUGUGCUGCUGACUGUGCCCGUGCCGGCGCUGCUGGACCGGCUUGAGCCCAUCGCUGGGUGCAUCACAUCUGUG